AUGACCGUGACGUUUACCACCCCAAAGCGCCCUCUCACAUGGCUCAUUACGGGUUGUUCAUCGGGCUUGGGUCUUUCCCUUGCGCGACUCGUGCAAGCCAACGGGCACAACCUGAUCGCGACCUCCCGUAACCCGGCCCGCACACCCGACCUUGUCGCCGAGGUUGAAAAGUCAGGCGGAAAGUGGCUGGCCUUGGAUGUGGACGACAACAACUCCGCCCAGAUUAUCGAGGAUCUCGAGAAAGGCGGCCAGCAGAUCGACGUACUCGUCAACAACGCGGGCUACUCCAUCUACGCCCCAGCCGAGUCCCUCGCCGAGGAAGAGAUCCGCGCGCAGACGGAAACCGUCUACUUCGGACCCUACCGUCUGAUCCGCGCCGUGCUGCCGCACAUGCGCCAGCGCAGAUUCGGCGUCGUGGUCAACAUGAGCAGCGGCUCGGCGCUCGAGGGCCGCGACAGCAUGGGCGCCUAUGCCGCGGCCAAGGCGGCGCUCGACGGCCUGUCGCGGGUCCUGGCCAAGGAGGCGGCGCCCUUUAACGUCCGCGUGCUGACGGUCCAGCUCGGCACGUUCAACACCAACAUGGGCAACGCGGUCAAGCUCAGCAGGAACCCGCUGCCGGACGACUACCGGGGGUCGGUGGCCGACCAGAUGAUGCAGCUCCUGGCCAGUGGCGGGUUCCGGGGUGAUGGUGACAAGAAUAAGGCGGUCAAGGCCGUCUACGAGGUGGUCGUCGGAGAGGGCGUCGGCGCCGGUCGCGAAGCUGAGCGGCUCCUGCCCUUGGGGAGGGAUCUAGCCGCCCGGAUCAAGACCGUCCAGGAGUACUACGCCCAUGCUAUCGAGGUGUUUGGCGAGGUCUGCAACAAUGUCUACGAGGAGGGGAAAUAA